UUCCUGCGCUAACUUUUUACCAAGCGAAAUAACACGUGACAGUGACAUUGACACACAUUCGUUGCUCUGUAGCUGAUGAACAUUAGUCGUUGUGAUGUGCGGCACCAGUUUGGUGUUUGUUGUUUAGCUCGUGAACCGCACCGCAUGAGCUCAAUCCAAACAGGAAGCAAAGGAUGGCUCUCCCCUGUUUGCGGCUGUGUGCUCGACACAGCAGGUUAGGGCUCCAUGUCUGUAGCUACGCCACACUCAGCAAAGCACCCCGGCCGCAGGAGAAAACCAGCGACGUUCCCGUUUUUCAGUACGUCGGGGAGCGCAGAAAGCCCAGCCACAAAGUGUUCGUAUGGGGGUUCAGCUUCACUGGUGCUCUGGGUAUCCCCAGCUUCAUCGUGCCCGACAGUGGCAGGAAGAAACCCCGCAAGUACCAGCUGACACCUUACCGCCUGGAGACUGAGGGGCAGAUCUCAUCUGCUGCUUGUGGCUACGGCUUCACCCUCAUGGCUUCCUCCACCAAAGAUGUGACCAAGCUGUGGGGAAUGGGCCUCAACAAGGACUCUCAGCUGGGCUUCCAACGCACCCAACACAGCCGCCAUAAGAGCUACGACUACGUACUGGAGCCGUCGCCGGUGGCCCUGCCGCUGGGUAACCCCCUGCAGACCAGAGUGCUCCAGGUUGCAUGCGGCCGGGCUCACUCCCUGGUGCUCACUGACCAGGAGGGCGUUUUCAGUAUGGGCAACAACGCUUACGGCCAGUGUGGAAGGCAGAUAGUUGAAGAUGAAGUGUACAGCGGCAGUCACGUCAUUCACAAGAUAGAGGGCUUCAGCGGCCGGGUCAUUCAGGUGGCGUGUGGGCAGGACCACAGUCUUUUCCUCACCGAGACGGGCAAGGUGUAUGCAUGUGGAUGGGGCGCUGAUGGACAGACAGGACUCGGACACCAUAAUGUUACGUCUACGCCGGCAGAAGUGGGCGGUGAGCUGGCGGGGGUGGAGGUGCAGCAGAUCAGCACAUAUGGAGACUGCAGCCUGGCCGUUUCUAGAGAUGGACAGCUGUAUGGUUGGGGAAACUCUGAAUACCUCCAGCUGGCCUCAGUCGCUGAGGCUACACAGAUCAACUCUCCCCGGCAUCUUCCUUUGAAAGGUUGUGGGAAAGUGGUUCAGGCGGCAUGCGGAGGCACACAAGUGGCCGUUCUCAAUGAGAAAGGAGAGGUGUUUGUAUGGGGAUAUGGUAUUCUUGGAAAAGGCCCAAAACUUUCUGAAUCCUCAACCCCGGAGAUGAUUCCCUCGACGCUUUUUGGAUGCUCGGAGUUCAACCCGUCCGUGGCAGUCACCCGCAUCAGAUGCGGCCUCAACCACUUUGCUGCAGUAACAGAUCGAGGCGAGCUCUUCGUGUGGGGCAAGAAUGUGAGAGGCUGUUUGGGCAUCGGGAAGAGAGACGACCAGUACUUCCCAUGGCGAGUAACAGUGCCAGGGCAAGUGGUGGAUGUAGCGUGCGGCGUUGACCACAUGGUGGCGCUGGCCAAGUCCCUCCUGUGAGCGUUUUCCCCCGCAUUGGACAAAGCCUGGAUGUUUGGCCUGCCCUGUCGGUGACCCCCGGCCACCUCAGGGAGUCGCUUUGGCCCGCUCGGAGCCCCAAAGCCAGCUGCUCUCCACAGGCGACGGAGCCUCACAUCCCUCCGUCCUCCACUGACGCUCAGCGGUCUGCAGGCCAGAGGCAAACGCUGCAUUCAGGUCUUAUCGCAAAGGCCGAAAACAUGAGCUUCUGGCUACAAAAUACUGCCAGCUUUCACAUGGAAAAAUAGGUGUGAAAUAUUUUACCAUUUUGAAGGCCAGUUACAGAAAAACUGGCAGUUGAAAUAAUCUUUACUUCUUAAACUGAGGCAGAAGAAGAACCAGGGCAGAGAGAUUUUUGGGGUUGACAAAUUCCGGUCCACCAGUUUUUGUUUGUGGUUGUCCUCCUGGGUCUACUGUAAAACAAGAACUCAUGUGUCAUCGUUAAGUGUGUGUGCGUUAAGUGUGGAAAAACCCGAUCAAGUGCAGCUGAAGACGACAGAAAAGUUAAAUCCUGCAUCUUGAUCUCUGGCUUCAGAUGAGGUUAAGCACAUGAACUGCAUCAUUUGCCAGUUUGAGACUGUGAACUCAAAAGGAAGCCUGAUGAGAGGAUGUUUCCACAAGAACUAGCUCUCGGCUGACGGUGUGCGGAGAGAAUGAUGAUAUAUAUUGCAUGUAUGAGUCUUUUCUGUACAUUAAACUGCAUGUGCCAUACCUCCAGAAUGCAGCUCAGAAGGUCGCGAGCAGGUUGGGUGCGUUUGGCCUCAAGUUUUAUCGGGAUAUUUUUCAAGAAACCAUUCGCAUAACGAGUUGUUGAGUAUUGAAUUGAAAUUUAUUUAUUGCUCACUGCAUCUAUUUAUCGCUUUUCUGUGACUUUCCAGCUGUUAUCUAAAGGUGGAACUACAUGCAUGUAUAUCGAAAGCACCUUAUUUUAGGUUUGUGUGCUUGCACCUGCACGCUCUUGUCCCUGCAGCUCAUCAGGUGUGCACCAGCAUGGCAGUGCGGAUGGAUCUGGGGGGAAAGAAACCCUUAACCCUGGCGGUGUAGUGUCAUUCUGUGCCCAUUGAGCAAAAUGGGAUCAUCUGUCACUGUGACAAGUGCAAGGGCACAAACCUCCGCCAGAGAUGAGCGGCUCUCCAGUUUGCUGUUAUGCCCACAGACGUUGUGGCUAUCGCUUCAAAUUUAAGGUAAAGGGAUUCCUCAACUUUGUUAACAUACUUGUAGGAUUUAGAAUCUGAUCGCAGUUUCAUACUUAGAUUCAAAAAUUUGUUUCCAAAACCAAAUGUUUGUUUCUUGUCCCCAUGCUUACCCGUCCACCAAAUGUUACUUUCUAAACUUUAGUUAAAUAUCAUUGAGUGUUCUUUUUUUUGGCAUUAUCCUGUUAACUUUCAGACAAACUAACGUGAAAAUGUAAAGGGACAGUUCACCCAAAAUACAGAAAUAAAAGAUAUUUUCCCACUUA